AUGCACGAGUUCUUCGAGCCUCCGAAGGCUCAGGAAGGCACCGUGUUGCCCAGGUACGGCGUCGAGAACGGCUACAUGGUGCUGGAGGACUUCAAGACGCGCGACCUGCCCCGUCCGCCGCCACCGGGCUGGGAGUCGGCCAAGAAGCUGGGCGCCGUGGCCGCCGCCGCCCUGUUCGUCUUCGUGGUCGUCCUGGCGGCCGCCUUCGUCGUGCUAACGCUGCUGCCCACGAACGACGACUCCAGGAACCAGGAUCCUCCGCUGGUCGCCAACGGCACCAACGAAACCAUCGUUUCUGCGAAGCUCCAAAUCGACACCGACGUCGGGGACGACGUGCAAGUAACCGGGGACGACGACAAGGGACUCGCGUCGUCCACGCCGGCGGCGACGCGUGAACGUCGCGGAACGCAGCGCACGCUUCGACGAAGGGCGAAGAAGCCGACGCUGUUGAAAGAGAGGCUGCCGCUCUCACCCGCCAGUGCGAGGUGGCGAUUUCCGCGGUGGAACAGCGAAACCGCGAAUCGCGUAGCAAUUUCGACGCCUACCUCCGCCCCGAAAACAUUCCCGACCUCUCCAGGUCUCGCGGAAACGAGGCGAAGCAAGGACGUAGUCGUCGACGACGACGAAGCGAGCGGUGGUGAUGGCGACAACGGCGGCAGCAGCAGCGAGCGCGACACCAACGCCCAAGAACUUUACCAAGAACGCGACACCAACGCCCUCUCGCGGAAAGCGUUUACGGACAUUCUCGUAUUCGGUCCACCUCUGAACGAGUCGCGGAGUGAGAGAGAUUCUUUGCAUGGCGCGCAUAGAGAUCGUACGGCGUUUAUGACCAACUCUGCAUAUAGUAUAGCGACAGGCUUAGCCACGUAGUGUGAAGCUACGCAAAUUUGCGUGCUUGAAUGUUGAUCUCUUCUGUGUUGCUGUUCUGUUGCGAUCAACUGCGUGACAGAGUAGACGUUAUUGCGAGUUUGGCCUGUCUAGGUUGGACAAGUCAUAGUGGAGCAAAAGAAAGAAAAACGUUAAACAAAAUGUUUCUCGGAUGUCUACUGUCUCAUACAUCUUCAAUCUCUCAAAAUGUUUUUCACCGCUUUUUGAAAGACGAAUGCUUCCAUUUACUGUUUACUAAUAGAAACACGGUUCUCUGACGCAUAUACUGAAAGAUUGAUUCUAGGAGUGGCUGUGCUAUACAGGUUGUGCAUCUUUUCAUGUUAAUGUAACUUUCUCUGUACUGAUUCGAUGUUACGGUGUUGAGGCCGAGUCGAUGGGUAAUGACGUGUGCGGUGUACUUAAAAGGACAUAGUAAAAUGCUUUGUUGAAACUGUAAGUAAACUUUCGCGAUCUGCACAUGAUACUGCCUAUCACGGUACGUGCGAGCCAAAUACGUAGGGUGUAGUAAAUGUUCAUAUUGACGCUCUCAAAUCUUCGAAAAUUAUUCAUAGGUAUUUUGACCCUUUCUACACGCUUCCCACUAAGUGAAAUGCACAUGUUCUGCCGUUUCUUCCAAGCCUAGACAACGUUAGUCAAGCCAGGUUUUCACACCUACUUCGAAAUCUCCUCCAAUGUGUUAACCACACCUUGUUUCACGUCAGCGCUACUGGUGAAGCAUAAAGCGACUAGAGAAUUACAGGUUUCCGAAAUACAUCACGGCAUGGGUGUCAGAAUUUUUAAAGGAAAAGAGAAUUCUACUGUUUUCAGAGCGCAUUUUCAUCGUCUAAGUGUAAGCAGAAGAGCGGGGUACCACAAGGGCCAGCGUUAUCUACUGCUUUAUUAUAUUUUUAAGCUCCAUUCCUUUGCUCGAGAACAUUUAUGUAUACGUUUAUGCGGAUGACAUCGCUUUCUUUCGCAUGCAAUGAUGAUCCACAUUGACUUUAUCCAUCGCUACAAAAUUACUUG